UGCUGUCUUGAUUUCAGCAGUCCAACACCUGCUACUCAAGCACAUAGGCCCUUGUCCGUCUUCUUCUCAAACCCUUAAGAUCUUGUCCAUCAUGGCACCACUGUGGCUUCAUUCCGCCUCGGUUCUGGUUUUAUUGGUCAUGUCAUGGCCGUGUGCCAGAGCCCUUUCUUCACAACAUCUGUGUGGCCCUCAUCUGGUUGAGGCCCUCAAUAUGGUCUGUGGAGACAGAGGGUUUUUCACUAGCUCCAGGAGGGAUAUUGACUCUGUGCUACGUAUCAUACCACCAAAGACUGAUGAGGCAGCAGCAACAGGCGAUGUCAAUGAGAUUGUGGGGUACGCCUUCAAGAAACAAAUGGACAUGAUGAUGAAGCGUGACGGCAUUGUAGAACAGUGCUGUCACCAGCCGUGUAGCAUGCUGGUCCUGGAUAAAUACUGCAACUAAAUGGGCAACA